GCGAUAUUAUCACUAAACGUACGUGGCGAAGUCUGGUUUGUCGUGGUAAAAUCCCUUGCUGUGUGCCGUGUCGUGAUGUUAAAAUUCAUUUAGAACGACAUUCUUAUUAUUUUGAGUUUUAACCUGAAGAUGGCAGCUAGCAAACCACCUGGCUUUUCGAGAAAAGAACCAUGAGUGCCUUGACACUCCGGCAUUAUCAACAGCACCUUUAGCUGUGCUGGAAGACACUUCCUUUGUCAAGACAGUGCUCAAGCCCAAGAGCUGACGACUUCUUGGGGGUGUCCUGAAGAAUGUGAUUGGCCUAAGGAGUCUAUCAUACUGAGUAUGGUGAAGGGUUUGGACUGGUUCAGGAACAAGUGGAUGCUGCUGAAAGAGAUCAUGGCUCGCAACCCGGAACUCCUGAGUCUCUUCUUCGCCCUUGUUCUCUCUGGUAUCGUCUCCCACUUGGACAAUCCCAAAGGGAGCAAGGCAACACCCUAUGUCAUACCCAUCCCUCCUAAGAUAUUUGACCAUGAAUCCCCCGUCAUUGAGUUCACCACUGGAGACAUGACGGCAGUCCGGAAUGUGAUAGCAUCAACCGGAGCCGAAGUGUGGAUCAUCAUGUAUUAUGCACACUGGGACGCCUACUCGCUGGAGACGGCCAAGGAGUUUGAAAGGACCGCCGAGAAGAUGUCCGAUCAGGUGCUGUUCAUGGCAGUGAACUGCUGGUACCCCUACGGAGCCUGCAGGCACAAGGUGACCGUCCCUUACUUCCCUAUCCUCUUCACCCAUCGAGACAGCCGGGAGGGCAUCCAGUACACCGGACUCCAGAGGGCGACGGAGAUGGUCGACCACCUGAAGAGGGUCUGCUCCCCCUUGAAGGUGGUCCAGGACCUGGAGUCUUUGAGGCUGCUCAGAGCACAGCAUGAUGCUGUAGCACUUGCCUAUUUCAGCUUCGAGGGCACACUUGCACCCCAGGGCCUAGCCUCGUACCAGUGGGCUGCUAUGCAGCACCUAGAAAAAGACCCUGUCCAACCCACACCCUUUGCCAUCAUAACAAACAAACAGCUGGCACGCACUCUAGGCCUCACCAAUUCCAUGAGCAUCACUCUGCUCAGAAACUUCAAUGUAUCUUUGUAUUACCCUUCCUCUAGAGAGUUCAAAGCAAAGCCUAUCGUUGAGUUUGUGACUACUCAUAGAGAAUCGAUGGUGCAGUGGAUCGCCCUCCUGGUCUGAAGAGUACCAUCUUGUCUUCCCACAUCUUCACCAGACCCACCAUCAUCCUAUUCACCCCGCACCGGCACGAUCAAGUGUUUGCCAAUUACUUUAUGAUGUUACGUGAAGCUACCUUGGAGUACUACAACUGUGCCAACAACUCCUACAUCCUCACACUGCAGAAGGCCAUCAGGGAGGAGCGCAAAAAAUAUGCCUCUCAAUCUUCAGACCCUGGUUCUUCUCGUGUAACCACACCCAAUGAAGAGUGCAUGGAUGAUGUUUCAUCUAGAGAAAGCGACUGUUGUCAAACCCUCGCCUCCAGAGGGCGUAUCGAGUCCAUCUCGCGAGCCAGGGGUAACGUUUGUGAGAUCUGCGAGACGUUCAGCCAGCCUCUUCAGCCGUCCAGCGACCCCUGUACCUAUCUGACGUUAAGCUCGGGCUCGUCGUUGCUUAUGGACGUCACCAACGGCGUGACUGCUUCGAGCAUGCGUGUCUGUACCUGAGCAACUUCUACAGCCCCUUCAGCCACUAUCGCCUCUGCUGCCAGGAUGUUGACCUCCUGACCUGUGACCUUUGCCCCACAUUCCACUCUUCGGUGCACAAACAUUCCCUUUCCAGUGGAUCAAUGCAUUCUCACGGCACCAGAACUUUUGAAAGUCACCUUGCUCCCGAGCAUAAAGCGUGCGAUUGCUCCAAAAAAUAUCAACGUCUUUCAGGGGAUCCUCUCGAUUCCUUCACCGUUGUUGACUCCCAAACUGCAUCCUCCUCAGAAGAUGAUGAUAAACAAUCCUGUCACACAAAAUCUUCCAGGACUACAGUAUAUAACAAUCAGGAAAAUGAAUUUGAUGCUACUUCAGAAAGUCUUCAGAAAAAAUUUGAACAUCUUGGAUGCAGAACAAAUAGAACGUUAGUUUUCCGUGCAAUGAGGUCUGAAUAUUUUUGGCAGAUGGCAGACCGGCUAGGAAUUAUACCGCAAUCUCAACAUAAAAAUUCAAGUGUUGGGGUAGCCAUCAUAGAUAUACAGAGUGAAACCCACCAUAUCCUUCCAUUGGAUGAAUCAGGAUUGUCCCUGCAACUCCUGAAGCAGUUCAUCGUCAACUACACCGAAUCUCUCCUUUCCAGACACAGACAUUCUACCUCCCCGUCCAGUACUUCAACAUCCAACUCAAGGUGCACCAAGGCAUCAGACAGUAUAUGCAUCACAGAGGUUGCAGACGAUACGUAUGAAGAUAUGGUACUAAACACUGCCAAGGAUGUCUUGCUGCUGUACUACGCCCCAUGGUGCGGAGCUUGCCUCAGAAUCCAACACCUCUACCUUCAACUUGCCUCCCUCUUCAGGUCACAUGACAGCCUUCGGAUCGCCAGAAUCAACGGUGACCUAAACGACCUUCACUGGCACCUCCUGACCCCAGCGUAUCCCACAAUCCUCUUCUUUCCCGGUCACAAUAAAGCGAGGAGUGUCAGGUUUCCUGAAGAAAGUGCAAUCACGCUUCCAAAUCUGGUUGAUUUUGUGUUGAAGCAUAGUAGGUAGAAGCUAUUUUAAUAUAUGGGUGAACUGUUAGUUUUUUAAGCAAUAUACAGCAUUCUUUUGAGGGCAUUCUGUUAUCUCUUUUUUUGAUAUCACUUAUC